AUGGCUCACAAAUUGUCUGAUUAUGAGAAACAACGAUUAAAGAAUAUUGAGAAUAAUGCCAAACUACUAAAAGAACUUCAUGUGCCUCUAGCUGGGCAAAAGCGACCAGCUCCAACUUCAAUCAAGAAACAUGUUCCAAAGAAGAAGAUUGAGCCAAAGGCUCCAACGCGUGUAUCAGCUCGCUUAAGAGGAGCUGCACCAGAAACAGUAGAAUCUUUACCUACAGAGAAGGAAGAGAAAAAUAACCAAACAGACCUGCGCGUUGAUCGACUCGAAGAAGCCGAUCAGAAAGAAUUUUUACAGAUGUUAAAGAAAUUUCCUAAUACUCAGCCAACUACAAAGAAAGAGCUUGAAGCAGAAGAAAAUUCUGAUGCGGAAGUCUCAAAAGCAUUACAAGAAUUGCAGAUUAGACAUAGUUGGCAGACAGUCAAAGUAGUGACAGAAAGAAUCACAAACUGCGUAUUUCAUCCAUCUCCAGGAAAGUUACUAGGGUGUGGAGCAGAUGUGAUCGGCCAAUUGGGAUUCUGGGAUGUAGAAGGUGUCAAGGAAACAGAAGAUGGAGAUGAACCAGUAGUCUACAAAUACAGACCUCACACUCGUUCCAUUACGGACUUAAGGUUUAGUCCUGUGGACUCUACAAAGUUGUACUCCUCUUCCUAUGAUGGCACUCUCCAAUAUUUUGAUAUGGAAAAGGCAGUUUUUACUGAAGUCUCUCUUGGAGAUGACAGCCUCCCACUUACCAGUAUGGUUAUAACACAGGAUGGACACAGUGCCUGGCUUGCGACUUCGAUGGGCGAGAUUGCCCACAAAGAUCUUCGUUCAAACAGUAAAAUAUCUGUGUACAGCCUUAGGACCAAGAAAAUCGGGACUAUCGAUCUGAAUCCUGUUCAUGAACAUCUGCUGGCAAUCGGUAGUAAUGAUCGAACAGCUACAGUAUGGGAUCAUCGCAGCUUCUCUACCGAAACUGACUCUAUCACACCACUGCAUGAGCUGGAACACGGAUAUGCUGUCACGAGUGCUUAUUGGUCUCCAAGAGGAGAUCGACUUGCAACUGCAAGUUAUGAUGAUUUCAUACGCUUAUUUACGCUCAAGAACGAAGAUAUGACUUUACAUUCAGCCAUACCGCACAACAAUCACACUGGAAAAUGGGUGACAAACUUUAGGGCACGAUGGAAUACAAGUCCUUUGGGCUAUCGACAUCAGCACAUGGCAGUAGGAAAUAUGAAGCACCCAGUAAACAUUUACUCGGGAGAAAGUGGUAACCUGAUAGGGGAUCUAUAUGACAGUGAUCGGAUCACUGCUGUACCAUCAGUAGUACAAUUUCACCCCAAUACUACAUCAAUGGCUGUGCUUUGUGGCAAUGGUAGUGGUAGAAUGGUUUGCUGGACAUAAUGAAUAAUUGUAUAUUUGUAUAUUGUAUAUAUAUAUAUAUUGUUAGAUUGUAUUUGGAAAAAAGUUUUUUUUAACAUAAAAAAAAGGGAAAAAAAUCUAGUGGUUGAGCAUGCGAUCCAAAAAAGCACCUGCACUCCAUCGAGC